CUGAUCAGAGCCGGAGUUCCCCAAGACAGCGUUCUUUGGCCCAUUUUAAAAGCAUCAACCCUCGGAACUUCCUGAAUCUCGCGGCAGUGUAAUGUUGGGCCAAAAAACGGAAUAUCACAAUAAACAAGAGUAAAUCCUUCAAUGUAAAUUUUACUAUCAGAAGUAAACAUCCACCAGAGCUAGCCUUCAAUGGAAAUUUUAUCCCGUGCAAGAGUAGUCACUGCCAGCUGGGAGUCGACUUCGACUGUUUCGGCCAAGGAACAGCUCCGUAAGCUCCACUGAUCCAUGAGAAAGCUUUCAACGAAAGCCACAAUCACCUUCAGGCUGCGGACAGUUUUAGCCUCCCAUUUCCACCCAUCUGUAUGAAAACUGCCCGGAAAGCUAACUUUCUAACUAAAUCCACGAAUGCCACAACUUACUGAUGCUCCAAUCUUGAUAGCUUAUAUCAAAAGAUUUGAUUUAAAUCAUACAAAAUAUCUACUGGUGGGAUGUAAACUUCAAUAAAAAGCUCGUACGAAAACCACCCACGCUUCGUUUGUAUCUCUUUCCGAUAACAAAACCCUUAAAUACGGAAUGUUUUUUUGGUCAUGGAAAGCUCCGUAAGCUCCACUGAUCCAGGAUCAAGCUUUCAACGAUAAGCACACACCCCCGAUGGUGGGCGGGAAGCUUUAAGCUUCCAUUGCAACCCCUCUGGACGAAAGCUAGCAGUGACUUUCCAUGACUACUUCAUGUCAGUCAGUGCGUCAGAAACUGUCGCAGGGCGCUCAUCGUGCGGCCCAAAUCCUCCCCCGGGCUGCCAAAGUGGCACAGACACACACACAAAGCGAGACAGAGCGAGCGAAAGCGUACGACAUACAAAGAGGGUUAGAGAGAGCGAACAAGAGUGGGAAGCAGCAGGCGCUGGGCCAGCUGGCAUAGAAAGCGGAACUGGCCACCGAUUGAUUUUUCUUUGCAAACGGGAAACGCGGAAAAGUAAACCAUACGUAAACAGAACGCAGAGUCUAAGCCUGCGAUUCCAUUUAGAAAUGGAGGAGGCACUGCAGUUGACCGAGGCGGAGGCCACGGAAUCAAUGGAAUCAUCCCCCGUUGAAGGCCAGCAGCCUGUGCAUGAGGUGAACAGCUGCCACGACAAAGCUGCCACAUAUCCAGAGGAAACCGAGACCGAGACGGACCCCGAGCACGAUCCAGAGCCAGAGCAGAUGCUUAGUGAGAGGUGGUCCCCGCUAGGAGCCAACUACGAUGACGCCAAUAGCGCCAGCUCCGGGGUGGACUGCGAGCUGGAGCCCACUUUGCUGGGCCUAAGUCUGGAGAAGAGCAGCCCCGGCAAUGAGACGGAGAAUGCCAGCGAACUGGCUCGCCUCCGCAGCAUCGAGGAGGAGCAGGAGCUGCUCACCAGCUCCCUGCUGGCCCUAACCUCGCACUUUGCCCACGUCCAGCUGAGGGUGCGACAAAUUGUCGAGGCUCCCGCGGAGGAGCGGGACCAGUUACUGCGGGAUCUGGAUGACUUUGCCUUCCAGGGCAUUCCCGAUGCCGGCCUCGGCCAGAAGAAGGGCUCCGACGCGGAGCCGGAGCGUGAGACGGAGACCGAUGGCCAGCUGAUUGAGCAGCUCAAAUCGCAGCUGACGGAGCUGGAGCAGUUGGCAUAUGAGGCCGGGGAACCGGGCAUCCUGCCGCAGCAUGUCCUCCUCGAGAAGCAGAAGUUCAUCCUGGACGAGCUACGGGCCAAGCUCAACCUGCAGGUGGAGCAGCAGGAUCUGCCAUCGCUCAGCACGGAUCAGCUGCGGCACCAGGUGGACAACGCCAUCGGGGAGUUUGUGGGGCCGCUGAAAAUGAAGGAGCAGCUGGUGGCCCAGCUAAAGACACAGAUCACCGACCUGGAGCGCUUCAUUGCCUUCCUGCAGUGCGAUGCGGCGGGCUCCGGUUCGGGCUCCUCUGCCAGCGGCAGCGACAGGCUGAAGCUCCUCUCCGGAGCCUACAACAGCUAUGCGGCCAAGCAGACGGCCCGUUCCCAGGUCUCUUUGCCCGCUCCGGCGGAAACUUCUCCUCCAUCUCGUUCCUAUUCCCAUUCGUCAGCCCUGCCCGUGGCCCAGGCGGGCGAGAGCCUGCAUAGCAAGGCACACGGAUUGCUGGACAAGGCCUCCAUCCUUAUGCAGAUGUUCGCCACCACGCACCUGGCCAAGCCGCGCGAGGACUUCCAGCAGAACACCCUGAAGAAGACGCACAAGGGUAAUCACUGGGGGGAUCUUCGUGCCCAGCUGGAGGUGGAUAUCCAGGAGGUGGCCGCCUUGGCCGCCACGCUCAGCUGCGACCGCGAGAAGUUGGCCAAUAUCAAGCGGGCCCUGCGACAACAGCAGCAACAGCAACAGCAGCAGGCGGGAUCCUCGAGUACAUGCCUCAAUCCCCAGAACGGAGCGUUGAUUACCUUGCCACCGCGCUGCAGACGGGCCGUGGCCGCAGGCCAUGAGCUGGCACCAUAUGCCGCGGCUGCUGCGUCGGCAGCCACCUCCUCCGACUCAGAAGAGGAAGCCAGCUACGACCGCUUCGAGUGGGAGAAGGAGAUCAAGGGUCUGAGCCUGGGAAGGCGUAUCGUUCACAUGCGCGGCGACUCCAUAGCCACUAUCGGACGCGAGCUGACGACCGUGGUGCGCAAGAACUUUGCCCGCACUGUGCAGCAGCUGAUCCAGCAUGGCCUGAGGAUUCCCGCCGAGUCGGCGGCCUCCAGCCUGAUGGUGCCCUUCAUGCGAUGCCUGCAUCCGGGGACGCAGCGCAUGGCAGCACCAUCUGCCCAAGAGUCGCAGUUCCUCGGUCUGGGCCGUGGGAUGCACGCCUGGGAGCUGAUCCUCGAGUACUACCAGCUGAAGCAUGGCGAGGAGUACAACAACACACCAGCGAGAAAGCUCUCGCUGAGCUUCCAACUGGACAUUGUCGAUGCCCAGGCUGUGACGGCCAAACAGAGCCUGCUCAGCACAGUGGGCAUGAUCCUGGCCAUGCACAAGCCGUACAAGCGCAGCCACAAUGCCCACUUCAAGGCCUUUGUCUGUGCGGGACUGAACUCCCAUCUGCUGGUGGAGUGGCUGAAUCUGAUCCUCAGCUGCAACGAGCUGAUUGAUACCUACUACUCGUCCACCAGCUAUGUGGCCCGCACUGGCUUCCGCGACUCGUUGCGCUCCAUCGACGCCCUGUCCAAGUUUGACUUUGAUCUGCCAGUGGACCUGGCCAUCCGGCACUUCCGCAACAUCUAAAGAGGAAGGAAAGAUCUAGACGCUAACUGAGAACUCUUAUUCAUGUGUAUGAUAUAUUUUUGACCAGGAUAGGGAGCCAGGAUCCUGGAAACUAGUCCAAAUCGUACUCUCGUACUAUUCCCUCACUUAUGUAUAAAUUCGUGUAUAUAACCUUAGAUAUGUCCCAUUAAAUCAAUUGCUAAUCCUA